AUGGCUUCGAAGCCCACGGCGGGGUCUUCUGCCCUUGCCGACCAGGUGGUUGACCAGGUCGACGCGACCGCUGAAGGAGAGAUCGUUCCUCUCCCGAGUACGGUUCAUGUGAGCUCCGAUCGGACUCGGAGUUCGGAUCAAGGUCACUCGAGGCAGGCGCCGAAGCGAGCUCGGAGUGACGAUGGAGAGACUCGUUCUCGCGAGGGCGGCCCGACUGCCUCGAACGGGAGCGGGGGAAAGCCGCCGUUUUACUGGCAGUACGAGAACUCCAGAGGCUUCCCCGUUCAGGACGACGAGGAGGGAACAGCUCGCAUUCAGCUCCACUUCAAGCCCGUCGGAUGCCGGCUCCCGUCCCUGAACCAGAUGUCUGAGAAGGAGCUCUACAUCGCGACGUGCGCUGCGAGCGGGAGGGCUGUGGCAGCUCGUAACAUGUUGGUGUCCCGCCUGGAGUCGAGGAUCAGAGACGCGCCUCAGCAGAAAGAGCUCGAUCAGGUGAAGGAGCUCGUUGCCAAGUUGACCUCCGAUCUCUCUGCGGCGAACGAGCGGGUAGCUCGUCAGGGUGAGCUCUUGAAGAAACACACCUCGCAGGAGGGUCGUGUGAAAGAGCUCGAGACCAGGGAGGCCGAUCUCUUGCGCCAGCUGUCCCAGAAUCAGGAGCAGAUGGCGGCUUUGCAGAAGGAGAGCUCGAGUGCGCUGACGCAGUCGCUUCGCCUUAGCCGGGAGAACCAGGUACUCGUCGCCGAGAAGGACAACGUAGCUCGCCGUGCCAACCGCGCAGGUCGGAGGGAGAUGGUCGCGAAGCAUCGGGAAGUGCUUGAAUCGGCUAAGGCAAAGUUCGAGGAGAAGAGGGUGGAAGGUGAGAAGGAGGGCGAUCAGAUCGAACUCCAAUCCAACAUCGAUCUCCUUACGUCGCUGAUCUCCGGUGCGAUCAACCAGGAGGAAGAGCUCGCCAGGUUGAAGGGGCUCGAGGAUGAGGUGGCCGAAGCAGCCAAGGCGGCCCAAGUCUCCGAUUUCUCGAUCGGGAAGUUUAACCUUCCCGUGGUUUCGGAGGACUCGGUCGCGCGCAUGGAGAUCGACCCAUCGACGAGCAUCCCGGUUGGCUUGAACCCGUUCGGGACGAAUGCCGAAGAGAAGGGAAGCAACGAGGAGGAAGAGAAGGAAGAUGAAGAGAUGACCGUCGAGGACUGA